AGAGAGUCAGGUGAGGCGAGCUCGUCGUAUAGAGGGAUCCUCUUUUAUCCGAGAGUCUAGUUCUAGUAGUUGCUCUUUCUCCUAAAUUUUGAAUACACAAGAGGCCAAGAUAUGGAGUGUAGUUGCAGCAAUUUUAAAAGCUCUUCUUCUCUGCUACUAUCUCCUUCUACACCCUCUUCUCGUCUCCCUCACUCCCUGUUCCCUUCCAAGCUCAGAUUAUCGAAAUUAAAGGUUCGGAAUCGUUUAGUGAUCAGAAACGCUUGUGGGUUCGACGAAAAUGGCUCUGUUAAUGGAUUUCCCAUCACACCCAACAAGCUUUUUAUGCAAGAGGCAAUUGGAGCUGAAUAUGGAGAAGGUUUUGAGACAUUUAGACCAGAUGGGCCUUUGAAGGUUGAUGUGGAUUUUUUGAAUGAUAGGCUGCAAGAAGGUUUUCUUCAACGGAUACGUUAUGCCAUGAAACCAGAUGAAGCGUAUGGUCUUAUUUUCUCAUGGGACAAUGUUGUGGCAGAUACCCGAGCUAUGAAGCUGAAUGUGUGGAAGCAGCUUGCAUCUGAAGAGGGAAAGGAAAUUCCUGAUGAUGGACAUGCACAAAAGUUGAUGUUAUAUGCAGGUGCUGAUCAUGUAUUACAUAAGAUACUGCACUGGGAGACAGCAGAAAGUGAGGUAGAUGGAUUAAAAUUGAGGCUAUCACAGCUGUAUUAUGAUCAUUUACUUAGACUCAGAGAAUCCAUUGAGGGGCUGAAAGAGUGGCUGGAUGCGGUUGCAAGAGCAGGCAUUCCUUGUGCUGUUGUUUCAAGUCUAGAUCGGGUAAACAUGGUGGGUGCCUUGGAGCGGAUGGGGCUGAAGAAGUAUUUUCAGGCGAUAGUGACUGAGGAAGAUGGUAUGGAGUCUAUAGCUCAUAGAUUUCUUUCUGCUGCAAUAAAGCUGGAUCGGAAACCAUCGAAAUGUGUGGUGUUUGAGGAUGAUCCCAGAGGAAUAACUGCUGCUCACAACUGUACUAUGAUGGCCGUGGCAUUGAUUGGUGCUCAUCCUGCGUAUGAGCUGGUGCAGGCUGAUCUUGCAGUUGCUAGCUUCAAUGAACUUUCGGUGAUCAAUCUUCGGAGAUUAUUUGCUAACAAGGGUUCUGGAUUUAUGGACAGGCAAAAGCAGAUUAUAGAGAAAUCUCCUUCAAAAAGAAAGCUAACCAUUGACACCAUUUUCUGAUUAGUUUUCACCUUGCCUCUCUUGUUCUUAAUUUCUCUCCUCUCCUCUUGACCUGGUAGAUUUUUUAUUUUUUUUGGUUUUAAAUUCUUUAUAUGAAUGCACAGUAAUUGAAAUCAAAGGAUAUGUAUACUGUUUUGAUCACAUUAGAAAAUUACAUGUACUGUGAAGGAGUUUCCCUUCUUUCUCUUCUUCUACAAGUGGCCUGAUACAGUGAUCAUAUUGAGAUUGAAUGGGUAUAGCUUGAUGAAACA